AUGCCACCCACGAAGGAGUCCAGUCCUGGCAUCAAGGUGUUGAUGCUUCAUGGUUAUACUCAGAAUGGAAAUCUGUUCCACGCAAAAACAAGAGCAAUGGAAAAGCAUUUACAGAAGGCAUUCCCGGGGAUUUCGUUAAGCUACCCAACAGGUCCUCUGCAGCUCAGGCCAAGCGACGUCCCGGGGUUUGACCUGAGUUCGACUGAAGAUCCGGACAGUAUCGAAGCUUAUGGCUGGUGGCGGCGGUCAGAUACGUCCGAUCCACCUGAAUAUGUCGGUCUCGAGGAAGGCCUGGAGACAGUCGCCAAAGUUCUGGAGUCAGAGGGACCUUUCGAUGGCGUCAUUGGAUUCUCGCAAGGAGCAUGUCUAGCCGCCAUGGUUGCUUCGUUACUGGAAGGAGGGUCGAGAAAACAGGCGUUCGAAAAGGCACGAGCAAGAUCCCCGCUGGCCAUUCCAUAUCCAUCAUCCUUUGAGAAACUCAGUCACCCGCCACUCAAAUUUUGUGCAGCAUACUGUGGCUUUAGGGCUCCCGGGGAGAGAUACCGCGGAUUUUACGAGGAUCCCCAUAUUCAGACCCCAGUGUGUCAUGUCAUCGGGAGUCUUGACAGUGUGGUCGAAGAGUCAAGAACACAGGCACUGGUCGAAGCAACUGGAGGCGCAGAGAAGACACAAGUCGUGACACACCCCGGAGGGCACUUUGUACCGAGCGGAAAGCAAUAUCUAGACAUGAUUGCAGGGUUUAUCAAACAUAACAUGUCGUCGCAGGGAAAGGCGGGAGGGACAGAGGAGGGGGUAGAGGACAUGGAUGUGCCGUUCUGA